AUGGAAGUACUUAAUCCACAACACGACACCACCAAGCAAUCUGCAAAGGUGUCAUUCGGCCGCUUUCCUCCAUCACCACCGGAGACUGCUUCGAACACACGAGAACCUAGUACAGAUGGCGAAUCUGAUGCUUCGGGCCCCUCUUUUGGAAUAGAUGAAGUGGGUUUGACGGGAGCAAGGGCCUAUGCUCUCGCUCCUGCGUCAAGACCAGACAACAAGGUCUUACCGGAGGACUUGAAGACACCGGACAAUCAUGUAGUGCGAGACCCUCGCUUGAUUCGCCUGACCGGUGUUCACCCCUUCAAUGUAGAAGCGCCCUUGAGUGAACUAUACAAUGAGGGUUUUCUGACCUCGAAAGACCUCCACUAUGUUCGCAACCACGGGCCGGUGCCCAAGGUGGACGACACUGAAAUUAUGGACUGGGAAUUCUCGGUGGAGGGCAUGGUCGAAAAACCGAUGAGGUUGAAUUUGGCAGAGCUUAUCAAGGAAUACGAGCAAGUAACAUAUCCAGUUACACUUGUAUGUGCCGGGAACCGAAGAAAGGAACAGAACGUUGUGAGGAAAACCAAAGGAUUCUCAUGGGGAGCUGCGGGACUCUCAACAGCACUUUGGACAGGCGUCGUUAUUGGCGACGUACUUAAACGAGCGAUUCCGAAGAGAGGAGCCAAGUAUGUCUGCUUCGAAGGUGCAGACAAACUCCCCAAUGGGUAUUACGGCACUUCGAUCAAGCUGAACUGGGCCAUGGACCCCAAUCGUGGGGUCAUGUUAGCACACGGCAUGAAUGGCGAACCGCUUCAUCCUGAUCAUGGCAAGCCGCUGAGGGUCAUUAUUCCCGGCCAGAUCGGUGGACGCAGCGUCAAAUGGCUGACCAGGAUUAUUGUUACGGCAACACCAAGCGACAACUGGUAUCACAUAUACGAUAAUCGUGUUCUACCAACGAUGGUGGACCCUGAAAUGAGCGCACAGUUGCCAGACACUUGGAAAGACGAACGAUACGCGAUUUACGAUUUGAACACCAACAGUGCCACCUGUUACCCUGCACAUGAUGAACGACUGUCCAACACUGAUGCACUGGGCACCUAUAAUGUGCGUGGGUACGCCUAUGCGGGUGGCGGAAAGCGAGUCACAAGAGUUGAGGUUACUCUCGAUAAAGGGAAGACUUGGACACUGGCCGAUAUCUCGUAUCCCGAGGAUGACUACAGACUCGCGCCUGACGAUGAUCAACUGUAUGGUGGGCGUCUAGAUAUGUCAUGGAGGGAGAGCUGUUUCUGCUGGUGUUUCUGGAACCUCGAGAGUCCAAUCACAGCACUACAGCAAGCAGAUGACAUCAUGGUAAGGGCCAUGGAUGAAUCAAUGAUGGUCCAGCCACGGGAUAUGUACUGGAGUGUACUGGGAAUGAUGAACAACCCUUGGUUCAGGGUGGUAAUCCACAAAGAGACUCACGGGCUUCGCUUUGAGCAUCCGACAUUGCCUGCCCUGCAACCUGGUGGCUGGAUGGAACGUGUCAAAAAGGCCGGUGGCAACCUAACGAAUGGGAACUGGGGCGAGAAGACGUCCGGCGAAGAAGAAGUUGCCAUUGCAGAGGAGCCUGCGGAAGAAAUAUGCUUGAUCGACGAGAAGGUCAGCAGGAAUAUCACAAUCGACGAGCUGCGCACACAUGACGGCGAGACUGAGCCCUGGUUUGUGCUCAACGGACAAGUAUACGACGGCACGAAAUUCCUGGAGGGCCACCCUGGCGGUGCAGCGUCGAUCUUCGGUGUAGCUGGCCAGGACGCUACCGAAGAAUUCUUGGCUAUACACAGUGAAAAUGCGAAGCGAAUGAUGCCCGAUUAUCACAUCGGUUCGCUUGAUGAGGCCGCUCGGGCUGCCCUUGCUAAUGGAGAAACCGCCAUUGAGGAGAACUCAUCACCCAGGCAAACCUUCCUGCAGUCCAAGGUCUGGACGAAGGCCAUAUUAUCUGCAAGGAAGAAGAUAUCAGCAGACACCAAAGUAUUCACCUUUGAUCUUGAGCAUAGCUCCCAGGUUGUUGGUCUGCCAAUAGGUCAACAUCUGAUGAUGCGACUUCGCGACCCAGUCACUCGAGAGGCUAUCAUCCGGUCGUAUACCCCGAUCUCGGAUGUAGAUGAGCAAGGAAAGCUCCAUGUUCUCAUCAAGGUGUACUACGGCACCCCUGAGCGGAAGGGUGGCAAGAUGACACAGGCGCUCGAUGCCAUCCCCGUCGGCCAUUUCGUUGACUUCAAAGGCCCAACAGGAAGAUUCGAGUAUCUCGGAAGAGGCCUGUGUACCAUUUCAGCGGUACAACGGAAGGUGAAGCGCUUCAUCAUGAUCUGUGGCGGCUCCGGCAUUACGCCAAUAUUCCAAGUAUUGCGUGCGGUCAUGCGGGAUCCUGAGGACCCGACCUUCUGCCUUGUACUCGACGGGAAUCGGAUAGAGGAGGAUAUUCUGUGCAGGGAGGAAAUUGACGGCUUGGUCCGUGGCAAUGAACACAAGUGCCGCUUGCUUUACUCGCUCAGCAAACCGGGAGAUGACUGGAAAGGUCUCAAGGGGCGGAUGGGAAAGGACCUGUUUGAAAAGGAGGUCGGCCCCUGCAAGAGCAUCAACGGCGAAGACCUGGUGCUUGUGUGCGGGCCAGAAGCUCUUGAGAAGAGCGUCAAAACGAUAUUUACGGGAAUGGGAUGGAAAGAGGAAGACGUAUUGUUCUUUUAG